ACAAACUUACCAAAAGAAAAAACGAAAAAAAUAAAAGUUAAUCCAAUGAAAAACAGAAACAAAAUUAUAAUAUUUUCGGAGUUGCUUUUAAACUUCCUCCAUUCCACAGAUAUUCACUUUUUUACUGACAAAAUAUGGCAAAACAGAUAGAUCGAAAAAAAAACCUAUACAAUUACCACUCUCCAAGUCAAGUCAAGCUAUUUCGGAUUUAGUACCUGUUCGUAGUUCAUACGCAACCUAUAGAUCCGACGAAUCCGCCGCAUUCGUUUUUCACCAGACUGAGAGUAAUUUAUUUAAACAAAGAUCAUUACAAUAGUAUAUAGAUAGUUAGAAAUGGAUCAAAAACAUUCCAUGAUGUAUCCGAGUUUGACUGGUCGACCGGGACAGAGUGGCGGUGAAGUGUCUUCAUCUACGUCACAUCGAAGUGAGGAACCACCGGCGGAAGCCCCACCAUCGUAUGAUAUUGCAAUGGGCACUGAUGCAGCUACUUCAGCUGCGAGUGCCCCAUAUCCAACACCACAUAUUGGCUUUCAAAGUCCAAAUUCUACAGACAAUAGUGGUCUGGAAAGUUACACCGUAAAUCCAAUACAACAUCCCGUAUCGGUGGAAUCACCAGAUUCGCUGGAACCUAUCAAAUUGGGACCCAGACCAUCAAAAAUUACAUGUCCCGAAUGUGGAGAACGUCGUAGGACCCGUAUGCAUUUUACAGCCAAUCGAAAAACUCAUAUAUUCGCAUUGGUUCUUUGUCUUGUAGGAUGGUGCUGCUGUGCAUGUAGUGUACCUUAUUGCAUGAGGAGUUGUAAGACUGGUCAUCAUUACUGUGCCAAAUGUAACAGGUUCCUCGGUUCAUACGACCGGAACGAGUCUUGAAACGAAAUGUGAAUCAAUUUUUUUUUUAUUUUUUGUUCUGUUUUUCUUGCUGUAAUAUUUUUUUAUAAACAAAUAAUUAUAAACGCGACGAAUUAAUUACGUUGCAAAGAGAACGUAAUGUGUGAAUGAUAUGUGUAUAUAAAUGUUUAACUCUAUAAAUGUGUCUAGUGAUAAGAAGCAAAAUAAA